AUGGCUGAGUGUCACAUGUUUCUGCUGGAACUGAUAAUUCUCUGCUCAAUUUUUACUGGUACAAAUGGAAUAGAAGAGACCAAUGUGUUCUUCAGUUCUGGUGAAAAUGUCCGUCUGCCCUGUAAUAAUGCUCGUUCUGACUGCACAUCAACUACAUGGAAUUAUAACAGUCAUAAAGAGACAGUUGAACUGGUUAAUGGAGGUAAACUGAAGAACAACAUUGAGAGACAUGAGAGACUGACAAUGGGCUCUGACUGCUCUCUGAACAUCAUGAAAGCUACUAAAAAAGAGUAUGGGCUUUACUUCUGCCUACAAUAUCUCAAUGGACGUCUACAAGAAACCGAUGAACAUGUUUUUUUGCAUUUUCUUCAUGUCUCUCCAUCAAUCUCUCAGACUGAGAUCAAAGCAGGCAGAUCUGGCACUCUCUCCUGUCAGCUGCAUUUGUAUCCCGGAGUCUCUUGUGAUACUUUGGUUCGUAUUGAAGGAUAUCAGCUGAUGUGGGUGAAUCAGGCUGGUGUGAAUCUGAUGACAGACUCCAGAUAUCAGAUAUUAUUCUUCUCAAAUCUCUGUAAGAUCAGUCUGGCUACAACACUCCUGAAUGAAGAUCACAACAGAGAGUGGAGAUGUCAGCUUACUCAGAGAAAUCAACUGAAGACCUCAGCCUCAUUCACUGUCAAGUACUCAGGGCAGAGGUGCAUAUUAGGGAUGAGCAGUGUUCAUUUUACACAGGGGACUUUACUGAGUGGAUUUUAA